UCGACCUGUCUACAAUCUUACAGCUUUYGCAUAAUCACUAUCUAUCAAUUAAACUAAGCAUGAACUAAGAGUACUUAAAACAUUCACGGGAGAGCUCAGGCCGGCAUCAUUCUAGGCAAUCAGGCGAAUAGUGUUGCAGAGAAAUAUUGAGCAAGCCUUAAUUCUGCUUACAUACGAGAAACCUAWACGAGCCAGUCGGUACAAUAUGACAACGCUUGACGAGAAAUCACGCAGUUUAGCGUGGAUAGAUUGGUUGAUCAUCGCUGCAUACUUUGUAUUAUGCCUUGGUGUUGGAUUGUUUUCAAAAUUUAGAAAGCAAAGARGAGAAGCUGAAACAGCAGAGGGAUAUUUUCUUGCUGGCAGAAAAAUGCUCUUUUGGGCGGUUGGACCCAGUCUUUUUGCAAGUAAUAUUACCAGUGGACAUUUCAUUGGUUUAGCGGGAUCUGGUGCUGCCGACGGCAUAGCUGUAGUAACAUACGAAUGGGAGGUUGAUAUCUAUGCUGGAAGUCUGUUUCUGUACGAGGCCGUAGGAUGGAAUAUGUACCUCUCUGCAGCUUGUGUGCUAGCAAUAACCGCCAUUUACACUUUACUUGGUGGCUUGACCGCUGUCAUCUUCACUGAUGUCUUACAGUGUGUAGUAAUGAUAGUUGGCGCGAUUGUUGUAUCGGUUCUAAGUUUUACAAAAGUCGGUGGACAYGAAGGACUAUGGUCCAAAUAUGGAAGCGCUAAAGGAACACCAUGGCGCCCAGUCCCACCAAAUGGUAGCAGCAUUGUGUCCCUUAUGAAUAUAACAAAUGGUACUGACAACUGCUACAAGAUGACUCCAUACUGGGGAAAUAUGUUUAGACCUCUAAACGACCCAGACUACCCCUGGUUAGUCCACUGGACGACUAUCCCUAUCUUAGGAAUAUGGUACUUUUGUACUGAUCAGGUUCUUGUUCAACGUGCACUAGGCGCAAAGAACAAUUUUCACGCGAAAGCAGGCUCUCUUCUUGCCGGUAUACUCAAGAUUACYCCCAUGUUUCUGAUUGUCAUGCCUGGCAUGAUCAGUAGAGUCCUGUUUCCCGACUCCAUUGCUUGUKCGGACAAGGAAAGCUGUUUACAUUACUGCGGUAACAAAUGGGGGUGUAGCAACAACGCUUAUCCCAAACUUGUGCUAAACAUUUUACCAACGGGUCUUGUCGGUGUCAUGAUGGCAGUCAUGAUGGCUGCUUUAAUGUCMUCCCUGUCUUCAGCCUUCAACAGCAGUGCAACUAUAUUCACCGUUGAUGUUUGGGUUUUGUUAAGACCAAAGGCAUCGGAUCGAGAAAAAGUUAUUAUUGGCCGAGUUAUAGUGGUUUUGCUUGCUGGACUGGGUAUAUGCUGGUUACCUAUCAUUCAAGGUGCCCAUGGUAGUCGGCUAUUAGUGUACAUUCAGACGAUCUUAUCUUACUUGGCUCCUCAAAUGACCAUGACGUUUGGUCUGGCUAUACUGUGGCCUGGUUUGACUAAGGCAGGUGCAYUAUCUGGACUUAUCAUCGGUCUUAUCAUGGGACUAAUGAAGUUUAUCUUUGGCAACAUCUAUCCUCCCCCUGAUUGUGGAUCAGUGGACGAUAGACCCUCAUUUGUCAAACUACAUUUCUUGUGGUAUGCAUUGGUUAUAUUUGGUGUGUGCGGCAUUGUUGAGGUGGUUGUCAGCAUGUUCACAAGUAAAGUGCCACGUGAAGAGUUAGGUGGGUUGACAUGGCCAACCAUCAAUGACCGUCCAAUAUCMCAUGGAGCCAUAGGUGAAGAGGGAUUAUCAUCUGCUCAUGGAGGAAACACGUAUGAGUUGUCUCAGGUUGGACAAGAAAUKGAAACUGAAACUGACAAUACAACUGUUGAAGAUGAAGACAGGAACUACACCAAGUUCAAGGGUCAAACUGAGGGCCAAAGCAUCAAAACUGUACGGUACCUUGAUGUAGUACCAUUUGCUGAAGAAACACCCCUCCAAAAGUGGGCCUUAAACGUGUCAACUGUGUUAGUAUUGWGUGUGAUGGUCUUCCUGUGGGUGUACUAUAGAUAAACAACUACAAAAUGAAAACAAGUGUGAAACGAUUUGAACAUAUGUGAUAUAUUUGAACUUAAAGUAUCUGCCAUUGUAUGUUGUAAAAAAUUUACCUAUUUUGAACAAUAAUCCAACAKACUCACACAUGUUAUACAAAAUGAACAUAUAGUAAUAAUAUAAUACAAUAAUAUAAGAACAAUUUCACUUAAGUGUUUAUAACAUGCAAAUGAGUUUUUUUGCAUUAAGCUUUGUGAAUUUUUGGCAUAAAGGCAUUUAGAGAUUGAUUCAUUCACUGAUUUUGAUAAAAUUGAAUCAAGCUUGAAAUGUUUAACCCUCUUCAUCUUUUAAUUCAUAUACAAGAAGGUCAAAAGGGAAGACUUUUAAUAUAACACUGCCGAACAGUGCUAUAUUUUCCAAAAAUGGUCCUUUUUCU